AUGUCUGCUGCUUUUUUUCCUUUAGCUGCUGAACUAUCUUUCAUUGAUGGUGAACAAGCUGCAGCAUCGACCAGAGAAUCGGGAAUCACAAAAGAACGAAGAUUUGGAGAUCGGACAUUUAUUAAAGAAUGGAAUUUACAAGCGAUCGAUGGUGAACAAAAAAUAAUCGUACGAAUUCAUAUCUAUCUAUCUAUCUAUCUAUCUAUCUAUCUAAGUUUGUUCUAUCUAGCUAUCGGUUUCAGUUUGUUCAUAUCUCUAUCAGUUUGUUCAUAUCUAUCUAUGUAUCUAUCUAUUUCAUUUUCUCAUAUCUAUCUAUCUAUCUAUCUAUCUAUCUAUCUAUCUAUCUACUUAUCUAUCUAUCUAUCUAUCUAUCUAUCUAUUUCAGUUUGUUUAUAUCUAUCUAUCUAUUUCAUUUGUACAUAUCUAUCUAUCUAUCUAUCUAUCUAUCUAUCUCAGUUGGUUCUAUCUCGCUGUUUCAGUUUGUUAAUGUAUAUUUCAGUUUAUUUUAUUUUGUUCAUAUCUAUCUAUCUAUCUAUCUAUCUAUCUAUCUAUCUAUCUAUCUAUCUAUCUAAUUUGCUCAUAUCUAUCUAUCUAUCUAUCUAUCUAUCUAUUUCAGUUUGUUCUAUUUACGAAUCUAUUUCCGUUUGUUCAUAUCUAUCAUUUUUAGUUUGUACAUAUCUGUCUAUCUAUCUAUCUAUCUAUCUAUCUAUCUAUCUAUCUAUCUAUCUAUCUAUCUCAUUUUUUCAUAUCUAUCUAUCUAUCUAUCUAUCUAUCUAUCUAUCUAUCUAUCUAUCUAAUUUGCUCAUAUCUAUCUAUCUAUCUAUCUAUCUAUCUAUCUAUCUAUCUAUCUAUCUAUCUAUUUUCUUUUUCUCUUUUCCAUACAAUGGUGCUAAGGCUCAGCAAUGGGCUCCAGUUUAUUCAUAUCUAUCUAUCUAUCUAUCUAUCUAUCUAUCUAUCUAUCUAUCUAUCUAUCUGCUUAAUAGAAAAUCAAGAGUAAUUCCAAUUAAUAUCUAUCUAUCUAUCUAUCUAUCUAUCUAUCUAUCUAUCUCAGUCAGCUCCUAUCUAUCUAUCUAUCUAUCUAUCUAUCUAUCUAUCUAUCUCUACGUUUACGGGCCGAAAAGACGUGCUCGCGAAAUUUGUCUCGGUGCAAAACUUGUCUCGGCAAAUGGGCCGAAAUACGUGUUCGCGAAAUUCGUCAAGGUGCGAAAACUUGUCACGGCAUAUGGGCCGAAAAGACGUGUUCACGAAAUUUGUCCAGGUGCGAAAAUUGUCUUGGCAAAUGGGCCGAAAUACGUUUUCGCGAAAUUUGUCCAGGUGCGAAACUUGUCACGGAAUAUGAGCCGAAAAGAUGUGUUGGCGAAAUUUGUCCAGGUGCGAAACUUGUCUCGGCAAAUGUGCCGAAAUACGUGUUCGCGAAAUUUAUCCAGGUGCGAAACUUGUCUCGGCAAAUGUGCCGAAAUACGUGUUCGCGAAAUUUGUCCAGGUGCGAAACUUGUCACGGCAAAUGGGCCGAAAUACGUGUUCGCGAAAUUUGUCCAGGUGCGAAACUUGUCACGGCAAAUGGGCCGAAAUACGUGUUCGCGAAAUUUGUCCAGGUUUUUUUCUUGUUCUUGUCUCGGCAAUGUGCCGAAAUACGUGUUCGCGAAAUUUGUCCAGGUGCGAAACUUGUCUCGGCAAAUGUGCCGAAAUACGUGUUCGCGAAAUUUGUCCAGGUGCGAAACUUGUCUCGGCAAAUGUGCCAAAAUACGUGUUCGCGAAAUUUGUCCAGGUGCGAAACUUUUCUCGGCAAAGGUGCCGAAAUACGUGUUCGCGAAAUUUGUCCAGGUGCGAAACUUGUCACGGCAAAUGGGCCGAAAUUACGUGUUCGCGAAAUUUGUCCAGGUGCGAAACUUGUCAUGGAAUAUGAGCCGAAAAGAUGUGUUGGCGAAAUUUGUCCAGGUGCUUAACUUGUCUCGGCAAAUGUGCAUUCCUUACGUCUUCGCGAAUUUGUCCAGGUGCGAAACUUGUCACGGCAAUGGGCCGAAAUACGUUUCGCGAAAUUUGUCCAGGUGCGAAACUUGUCUCGGCAAAUGUGCCGAAAUACGUGUUCGCGAAAUUUGUCCAGGUGUGAAACUUGUCACGGCAAAUGUGCCGAAAUACGUGUUCGCGAAAUUUGUCCAGGUGCGAAACUUGUCACGGCAUAUGGGCCGAAAAGAGGUGUUAGCGAAAUUUGUCCAGGUGCGAAACUUGUCUCGGCAUAUGGGCCGAAACGAGGUGUUAGCGAAAUUUGUCCAGGUGCGAAACUUGUCUCGGCAUAUGGGCCGAAAAGACGUGGUCGCGAACUUUCAGGUAGAAUUCCGUUGCAUCGAGGUGAAAGAGAGACAGAAGACAGCUUAUAGAAAAAGAAACGAAGAAAUCGAGGAGAGAUCUCAAAAGGUGAUACCUAUGGGAAAGGAAAGAGAGGAAGAAAAUAUCUCGAAGGAUCCCAGACCGAGAUGA